AUGAGGUUGAUAAACCUUAUUCCGGUGCUCAUCAUAGCACCGGGGAUCCUGGCCUGCGAUGAUGUCAACGACCCGGAGCAGAUUUGCGUCGCCUUCCAGUGCGAGACCCCAGAAUGCUCCGAUACCAUUCCUUGUGGUGGCGAGCAGGUCUGCGUUGCCAACGUCUGUGAGGAACCUGAAUGCUCCGAUACUAUUCCCUGCUCUGGCGAGCAGAUCUGCAUCGCCAAUGCCUGCGAGGACCCCGAAUGUUCCGAUACUAUUCCCUGCUCUGGCGAGCAGAUCUGCAUCGCCAAUGUCUGCGAGGACCCCGAAUGCUCCGAUACUAUUCCCUGCUCUGGCGAGCAGAUCUGCAUCGCCAAUGUGUGCGAGGACCCAGAAUGCUCCGAUACCAUUCCUUGCUCUGGGGAGCAGAUUUGCAUCGCCAAUGUGUGCGAGGACCCAGAAUGCUCCGAUACCAUUCCUUGCUCUGGGGAACAGAUUUGCGUAGCCAACGUUUGUACUGAGCCCGAAUGCUCCGAUACUAUCCCUUGCAGUGGCGAGCAAAUCUGCAUCGCCAAUGUCUGUGAGGACCCUGAAUGUUCCGAUACUAUCCCAUGCUCUGGGGAACAGAUUUGCGUGGCCAACGUUUGUACUGAGCCCGAAUGCUCCGAUACCAUUCCUUGCAGUGGCGAGCAGAUCUGUAUCGCCAAUAUUUGCGAGGACCCCGAAUGCUCCGAUACCAUUCCUUGCAGUGGCGAGCAAAUCUGCGUUGCCAAUGUCUGCGAGGACCCUGAAUGCUCCGAUACUAUUCCCUGCUCUGGGGAACAGAUUUGCGUGGCCAACGUUUGUACCGAGCCCGAAUGCUCCGACACAAUUCCUUGCAGUGGCGAGCAGAUCUGUGUCAACAACCAGUGCACGGAUCCUGAGCCUGAAUGCUCUGAUACCAUUCCCUGUACUGGCGAGCAGAUCUGCGUUGCCAACGUCUGCGAGGACCCUGAAUGCUCCGAUACUAUUCCCUGCUCCGGGGAACAGACCUGUGUUGAUGGCCAGUGCACCGAUCCUGAGCCUGAAUGCUCUGACACCAUUCCUUGUACUGGCGAGCAGAUCUGCGUUGCCAAUGUCUGCGAGGACCCUGAAUGCUCCGAUACUAUUCCCUGCUCUGGGGAACAGAUUUGCGUAGCCAACGUUUGUACCGAGCCCGAAUGCUCUGAUACCGUUCCUUGCACCGGAGAACAGACCUGUGUUGAUGGUCAGUGUACCGAUCCUGAGCCAGAAUGCUCCGACACCAUUCCUUGUACUGGCGAGCAGAUCUGCGUCGCCAAUGUGUGCGAGGACCCCGAAUGCUCUGAUACCAUUCCCUGCUCCGGGGAACAGAUCUGCGUAGCCAACGUUUGUACCGAGCCCGAAUGCUCCGACACUAUUCCCUGCUCUGGGGAACAGACCUGUGUUGAUGGCCAGUGUACCGAUCCUGAGCCGGAAUGCUCCGACACCAUUCCCUGCUCUGGCGAGCAGAUCUGUGUCGCCAAUGUCUGCGAGGACCCCGAAUGCUCUGAUACUAUUCCCUGCUCUGGGGAACAGAUCUGUGUUGAUGGCCAGUGCACCGAUCCUGAGCCUGAAUGCUCUGACACCAUUCCUUGCACCGGCGAGCAAAUAUGUAUCGCUAACGUCUGUACUGAUCCCGAGUGCUCUGAUACCAUUCCUUGUACCGGCGAGCAGGUCUGCGUUGAUGGACAGUGUACUGAUCCUGAGCCUGAAUGCUCCGACACCAUUCCUUGCACUGGCGAGCAGAUCUGCGUUGCCAACGUGUGUACCGAUCCUGAGUGCUCUGAUACUAUUCCUUGUACUGGGGAGCAGGUCUGCGUUGAUGGACAAUGCACUGAUCCCGAGCCAGAAUGCUCUGACACUAUUCCCUGCACCGGGGAACAGGUCUGCGUUGAUGGUCAGUGUACUGAUCCUGAACCUGAAUGCUCGGAUACUAUUCCGUGCGAUGGUGAGCAGGUCUGUGUCAAUGGCCAGUGUGCUACUGAAUGCUCUGAGAGCAAUCCAUGCACGGAUCCCGACUUCCCGGUUUGCGAUCUAGAGGAGAAUAUCUGCGUAGCGGAACCCGAGACCACUACGAGCCCUACCGAGAGCCCUACGGGGCCCACUGGUACUACCGAUCCUACCGAGAGCCCUACCGAGAGUCCUACGGAGCCUACCGGUACUACCGAUCCAACUGAGAGCCCUACCGAGAGCCCUACAGAGCCCACUGGUACUACCGAUCCGACCGAAAGCCCGACCGAGCCUACCGGUACUACCGACCCAACAGAGAGCCCAACUGAGAGCCCCACAGAGCCCACUGGUACUACCAAUCCGACCGAAAGCCCGACCGAGCCUAGCGGUACUACCAACCCCACUGAGAGCCCUACGGAGCCUACCGGUACUACCGACCCAACUGAGAGCCCUACGGAGCCCACUGGUACUACCAACCCAACUGAGAGUCCUACGGAGCCUACCGGUACUACCGAUCCAACUGAGAGCCCUACCGAGAGCCCUACAGAGCCCACUGGUACUACCAAUCCGACCGAAAGCCCGACCGAGCCUACCGGUACUACCGACCCAACCGAGAGCCCUACCGAGCCUACCGGUACUACCGAUCCUACCGAGAGCCCUACCGAGCCUACUGGCAGCUCCACAGAACCUACUGGCAGCCCUACCGACACAACCAAUAGCCCUACUGACAGUCCCACUAGUGGCUCUACCGGCAGCACUUCUGGUUCCACGGAUGAUCCCACUGACGCUACGACGACCCCUACAUCAGUGGCGACGGGUACUACCAGCUCCACUACCAGCAGUGGUAGCGCGUCGGUUACACCUGGCGUUCCCGAAAUCGUUGGCGAAUUCCUCGCGCUUGGCUGUUUUGGAUCAUCUGGAGGUUUCGACAGCUUCUCGCUGAGCCAAACCUCGUCGCAGAUGAGCCUGACCUUGUGUGCCGCCUCCUGCGUAGGCUCGCCAUACUUUGGUGUCACUGGACAAGACUGCUUCUGCGGCACAACUUUGGAAAGCGACGCUGAACUAAGCGAGGGUCUUUGUAACUUGCCGUGCCCUGGCGAUCCCUCGCAGUUUUGUGGUGGUUUUAGGGCCGCGGUUGCUCGUCGCCAAGUCCCGGCCAACUACUUGCUGAGCGUGUACGUUUCGCUCGUCAACCCGCCUGCAGGCGUGACCCACACCGUGACCCAGAACAUCACGUCGACUCUUACCAACGUGAUUACUCAAACCACAACCUUGUCUAAUGGCAUCAUUUCGACAACGGUGGCCACUAGCACAGUCACCACAACCAUAUGCCCGACAUGCCCACCUAGGCCUUGCCCCGGAGGAAAGUGCCCCGAUAAUGGUGGUGGCGGCAAUGGUGGCCAUGGCGGCAACGGCGGUCACGGCGGUCACGGCCCCGGCUCCGGCUCCGGCUCCGGUCCUGGAGGCAACGGUGGAAACGGAGGCCAUGGAGGCAACGGCGGCCAUGGUUCUGGUUCCGGAUCUGGUGGUAACGGAGGUAAUGGCGGCAACGGUGGAGAUGGCGGUCACGGCUCCGGCUCCGGUUCAGGAGGCAACGGUGGAAACGGAGGUAAUGGAGGCAACGGCGGCCAUGGCUCUGGUUCCGGAUCCGGUGGCAAUGGUGGCGAUGGCGGAAAUGGAGGAAACGGCGGUAACGGUUCCGGCUCCGGGUCUGGAGGCAAUGGUGGCAAUGGUGGCAACGGCGGCAACGGUGGUGAUGGCUCCGGAUCCGGCUCUGGUGGCAACGGGGGCAAUGGGGGCAACGGUGGAAAUGGCGGUGAUGGCUCCGGAUCUGGCUCCGGAGGCAAUGGAGGCAACGGAGGCAACGGAGGCAACGGCGGCAACGGCAGCGGCUCCGGAUCUGGUGGAGAUGGCGGUGAUGGAGGAAACGGUGGCAAUGGCGGCGAUAGCACUGGAUCCGGCUCCGGCGGCAGCGGCGGCAAUGGCGGCAAUGGAGGCAAUGGCGGAAAUGGUGGGUCCGAUUCCGAUUCUGGCUCGGGCUCUGGUUCCGGAUCUGGCUCCGAUGGGAGCUCGGGCAACUUGAGCAGCUCGGGAAGCAGCGGCGGCUCGGGCUCUGGUUCCGAAUCUGGGUCCAAUGGGAGCUCGGGCAGCUUGGGCAGCCCGGGAAGCUCGGGAAGCAGCGGCGGCUCAGGCAGCGACUCUGGCCUGGGCGGAGCUGGUGGCAGUGGUGGCAGUGGUGGCAGCGGUGGCACUGGGGGAUCCGAUGCGACCGACGAUGACUACGAGACUGCCGGCUCUGCCAAGUCAAGCAUUGGCGGAGGUAUCAUUGCGCUCGCGAUUGCGCUCCUGGUCUAA